CCCGACGCCCCGCCGGCCCCGUGCUGACGCCCGGCCCGCCCGGCCCUGCCAGCAUCAUGGCCAGUCCAAGAACCAGGAAAGUUCUUAAAGAAGUCAGAGUGCAAGAUGAGAACAACGUUUGUUUUGAGUGUGGCGCAUUCAACCCUCAGUGGGUGAGUGUGAGCUAUGGCAUCUGGAUCUGCCUGGAGUGCUCCGGGAGACACCGCGGCCUCGGAGUGCACCUCAGCUUCGUGCGCUCCGUUACGAUGGACAAAUGGAAAGACAUCGAGCUGGAGAAAAUGAAGGCUGGUGGGAAUGCCAAAUUCCGAGAGUUCUUGGAGGCACAGGAGGAUUACGAUCCUGACUGGUCCCUGCAGGACAAGUACAACAGCAGGGCCGCAGCGCUCUUCAGGGAUAAGGUGGCCACGCUGGCUGAAGGUAGAGAGUGGUCUCUGGAGUCAUCACCCGCUCAGAACUGGACCCCACCACAGCCCAAGAUGCUGUCAUCCACUGCCCACAGGCCCACCGGCCAGUCUCAGCACGUGAGCGCCUCUGGGGACAAGGCCUUCGAGGACUGGCUGAACGACGACCUCAAGUCCUAUCAAGGGGCCCAGGAGAAUCGCUACGUGGGGUUUGGGAACACCGUGCCACCUCAGAAAAGAGAAGACGACUUCCUCAACAAUGCUAUGUCAUCGCUGUACUCGGGUUGGAGUAGUUUUACCACUGGAGCCAGCAAGUUUGCUUCUGCAGCCAAGGAAGGUGCUACAAAAUUUGGAUCACAAGCAAGUCAAAAGGCUUCAGAGUUGGGCCACAGCCUGAACGAGAACGUCCUCAAGCCUGCUCAGGAGAAGGUGAAGGAGGGAAGGAUUUUUGAUGAUGUGUCCAGUGGGGUCUCUCAGUUGGCAUCCAAGGUUCAGGGAGUUGGCAGUAAAGGAUGGCGGGAUGUCACCACCUUCUUUUCUGGGAAGGCAGAUGAUCCCUUGGACAGGCCCCUGGAGGGCCAGAGCUACCAGAACAGUGGCGGGGACGGCUUCCAGAACAGCGCCAUAGACCAGAGCUUCUGGGAGACCUUUGGGAGCACCGAGCCCAUGAAGACCAAGUCGCCCAGCAGCGAGAGCUGGACCUGUGCAGACGCCUCAGCGGGGCGGAGGAGCUCAGACAGCUGGGAGGUGUGGGGCUCGGGCUCUGCGUCCAACAACAAGAACAGCAACAGCGACGGCUGGGAGAGCUGGGAGCCCAGCGGGGAGGGCAGGGCCAAGGCCAGCAAGCCGGCCGCGCCGUCCACAGCUGCCGACGAGGGCUGGGACAACCAGAACUGGUAGGGCCCCGUCUGCCCGGCCCAGCCAUUGGGGCGACUGGUCUGUUUGCACUUUGCCCUUGUUGUUCCUCUUCCCAUUAAUCCAAAAACAGCGACCUCGGUGAGAAGACAGGCAGGACUCAGGUGUGCGGUGGUGCCCCAGGGCCCCGCGGGGCGCCCGCCGCCGCGCUGUCCGCGUGGGACCAGGCUGCUGUGGGGGCCGCUGUCAGCAAGGCCCGACGUCACCCGCGCAGUUGACGUGGAACACUAAGGGUUUGCUCUAGUUUUUCUGUGUGAAGAAACCUGGAAUCUUACAAGAAACACCGAAAGUGAUACUGGAGCUCGUACUGCCACCCAACGCCCCUCCCAGUCCACGUCUCCUUGUGGCCUGUGCUGUGAAUCGCCCGCCAUGAUGACCCUCCUGCAUCUCCGGAGCUGCCUGCCGUCCAACCCACAGGACGCCCCCCGCCCCCCAUGGCCCCAUACAGCCACGAGGCUCUAUCUCCAGUCUCCACUUUGAGCUUAUCCCUCCCGGACAUGCUGGACAGCUCAGGGAUGAAAGGAGAGCCACUGGGAGGGGCGGGGAGACGUCUGUCCCCUCCCACUCCCUGUACAGGGGCUGAUGUGGGGGGCGGGGAGAUGUCUGUCCCCUCCCACUCCCUGUACAGGGGCUGAUGUGGGGGGCUGGGGUUGUCUGUCCCCUUCCACUCCUUGUCAGGGGGCCUGAUGUGGUGGGCUAGCGAUGUCUGUCCCCUUGUACAGGGGCUGAUGUGGGAGGCUGGGCAUCAGCAGGCAGGGCCUGUGUCGCGGCCAGGGUCAGGACAGCACCUUGUGGGGACACUGUCCAGGAGGGGCAGUUUGUUGGACAUUUUGCUGUGUGUUGUGUCUGCACAGCUGGACUUUGGAGGUUCAGGGCCGCUGAGCAUCCUGGGCAUGCCACUGCUCCGUUGCUCUGUCCCUCAGGCCCGGCCCCAUCCAUGGGCAUUGAGUGUCAGUGGCCCUCCUGGAGCCUCCCACUUUUAACCAGUGACUGUGUGAAGAGCGUGCUGUGCCAGCCUGCUUGGUGGACUUGUGGAGCCUGGUGCCCUGCAGAUGAGAUGCUUCCCUCCCAGAGUUGGGGGCAGAGCCGCCUGGAAUGCUGGGGGCACGGCUGGGCCUCUGACCCCCACACCCACUCCUUUUCCAAUCCUCAGUUUGACCAGCAGUGCAUGAACUGAA